AUGGCUCCUCAGUGGAUGCCUCAGAAUUUACAAAAGCGGUUGCUGAGGUAUGUCCUUCAGCAACUGUCUCUGUUCUCUGAGAUCAACCUGCCCAACCUAGAUGUAUCCAUUGGAACAAACUCGCGGGUCAAUUUACGAGACGUUCAGUUGGAUCCUGAGAAGAUAUCUUUACCUGGAAUCUACGUACGCGAUGGAAGAGUCAAGGACUUGACUUUGGUGCUGACUGUGUCUGACGGGGUCAAUAUUGAAGCAGAUGGUGUCGACGUAACCCUGGCACCUUCAGCUACCACGACAAGAGGAACAGAGUCUCCAAGAGGCCAUUUCUCUCUUGCUCAGAGCACUGCUGAUUUUGCCAAUAGUGUCAUGUUUGCAGACGAAGCGCACGAGCCCGACAUCAAGAGUCUGCAGGACUCAUUAGAUAUUCCCAAUGAGGAAAAGGACGACCAGAAGGGCGAAACGUAUCUGGGAAACAUGAUGAACAGGGCUGUUGAAAUAGCGCUGUCGAGACUCCAGGUGGAACUACGGAAUAUCAAGAUCACCAUCAUUCUGGACGGAGCUGUUGUGGAGGUGCUAGUUGCGCAUUUAUGGUUUGCGAGCGAGGACGGGAUCAGAAAGAUCGAUUUCGAGGGGGUAGAAGUGUUGCUAGUCAAACCGGCCACUUCUGGUGGUGAUAUGGGAGAACACAGCGAUGACUCAAAGUCAGAGGAGGCAGAUACCAGCACCAGAACCGACACUUCCGAGACUGAUAGCGAGGAUGAUAUGGACAUGGACGAACUAGAAAGAUCAGGUCUCAUGGAUAGCGUUUUGUUUGAGCAACAGGGAGACAGUUCCAUGUAUAUGAGUGCCACUUCCAACGUGAUACUCUCGGGUGUCAAGCCUGCAGCUUCAGAAAGGGAGAGAACAAAACCGGCCAGAAUCAUGUACAUAAAGGACGGCUCAUUUUCAUUCAAAGGUCUACAAGAUAUCGAGAAGCUCGUGAUUGAGAUUGGAACUAUAAACGUUGCUCUCACUCCCUGGCCUACUGCCCUGGCAUCCAUUUUCGACUCAUUGUCCCGUCUAGUCAAGCUAGCAAAGAUUCAAAAGCGCCGUGAGGCAAGCAGGGAGAGCGACACUUCUCCAGAAUCAACUGCUAGUGAUGAGAACAGAUUUCCAGUUGACAGAGUGAGUAUUAGUGAAAUUGUUUUGAGUUUCACAUCGGCUAUUCUCUCUUCUGGAGAGUUUGCAGAUCCGUCAUCUCUAAGAGCGGUGAUUGGAGAAGUUUUGUUCAGUCAGAAAAAGAAGCCAUCUUUCCAUGGAAUUAUUCGAAGUCUCGAGAUUUUGAAGGGGAUCGACGAAAAGGUAUUCUCAUUUGAAACGAACCAAGAAGUGUCGAAUGCGGCUGGAGACAUCAGAUUCGAGUCCAUUCAGUCUGAUAUCACGAGAUAUACUCUCUUAUGCUCGAAGCCUGCAACAUGCAACUUAGACCUGGCAUCCCUUUCCAUUAUUUUGCGCUUUUACUUCACUCUGGAGCCAUUUUUUGAGGUCCUCGAAACGUAUCUCAGAGUGAUAUCCAAACCCGUCAUUACCAAUAAUAGAACGAGAGAAAAGCCUCAAGUGACCUCCCAGGUGACCUUUCAAACUGCUACUUUGUUCAUAAGUUUGAAUAUCGAUCCAGACACCGUCUUGAAAGCAACGGUUUUCCCUCUUUCCUAUGAUUCAUCCAAAGGAGUCCUGGAAACCGACAAGGUGCUGAUUGAAGACAUCAAGCAGGUUGAUGAUGAUUAUAUGAGUCCGUUAUUAAUGGCGACCAAGAUAGAAUUCAAGUCUUAUCCCAAAGAGCAACAGAUAAAGUCGUUUGAUCACAAUAGCCAGGAGGUUGCGCUUUUCACCUCCUCGAAAUUGACUGUCGAGAGUGUCAGUGUGACCUGCCAGUAUAAGAGGGCCUCUGAGAUUCAGAAGGCUGUUUCCAGUUUUGUGGGUCUUUUACCAAAUUCGCCAGAAGGCUCCAAAACUCUUUCCAAGAAGGUGAGAAUGGGAAGCACGAUAUUCCUCCAAGCCAAGUCGCUAUCUUGUUUUGCACUAUUCAGGACGAUCGAUGUCUCUCUUUUGAACGUUUCUGAGAAGUUUGGCGAUCUCAAAGGGUCCAUAAAGUCAGCUUGCAUCAACUUCUACAAAGAAGGCUCACUUCAAGCGUUUAUCGUUAAGUGCGGCGUCAGCAGGUCGUAUGGGGCUGACCAGGAAGUUCUCCUGGGUAUCACGAACCCUGAAGAUACCAAUUCGCCCUUGAUCACUAUGAGGAUGAAAGAGCCUGGUCUGAUGAAUGUACAUCUGCGAAACAUCACACUGGAGUACUACGCAAGAUGGUUGUCGUACUUUGAGAGUACGACUUUGGAAGAAACCAAUUCCGAAUCGCUAGAAACGACGAAACCAACGUCUCGGUUUGAAUGUCGAGUAUCCAUGUCCGAUGUCGUUAUAGGGCUAUUCCCGGUGUCUUUGCUCAGUAAAGGAAAUCUGAUUGUGCGAAAAGGUAGUGCUGAUGUGUUGGUUUCCGACAAGGUCGCGAUCAGGGCCACUUUGAGAUCAAUAUCUUUACUCCUGAUCGACGAUGUUGCUAACAUACUUAGCGAUGCUGACAGCAAGAGAUAUCGCCAAUGGUUAAACUUUCAUAAUGGGCAGACUUCUGUUCCCACCUGGACCCAAGUGUCUAUGUUUCUGUGCAAAGGAUUUGUCACAGUUGGCUCUCUUGGGUCGCUGAAUAUCGUUGCAACCAUAAGCGACUUCAAGACUGCAAGGGACAGUCCAGGUGCAUUGAAGGCUCUGGUAGAUCUCAAGUUCAAUGCUGACUAUUGCAAUUUUGACCUGUGUGCAGAUUCUGCCCAGUGCAUGCUUCAGCUCUUCAAGGAUUUGAAGGAAACAAUCACCAUACCCUUCUCUGAUAAGUAUAAGACUGAGACUGAAGCUGUGGAUGUUUUUGAAGGUGUUGAAAUGAAUUCUUUUGGUGCCCAUUCUGCUAUGGAGCCUGAUGAUCAGGCCAGAAUACUGGAGGACGAGCUGGACUUAUCACCUCAGAGGUCAAACACUUCUCUGAACUUUGUUGAAGGCUAUUAUACAGAAGAAGCAGAAAGGUCAGCCAAAAGUUACCAACCAUCUGAGAGAAGCUCAGUCUCUAACAACAACUCGAGCAGCACAAAUGCAGACUCAAAAUCUAAAAACUUUGAUUUUGACGAUGCGCAUUUUGAAUCUUUACCCGUUGCCGAAUCCAGAGUGGUGCCUGUGUUAUUCCAUCUGAUAACCUCCAAGGUCACCAUUCGUUUAUUCGACGGUUUCGACUGGAAAGCUACUAGAAUGGCCAUUGCAGAUGCAGUCAAACGCGUGGAAAAGCGUUCAGCUGAACAGGAACGUCGCGCAGACUUCGAGCAAGGACAGUCUGACUCAGUUGAAUAUGACCAAUCAGAGUACCAAUCAGAGGAAGAUGAGGAUGACGAAGAUGAAGAUGAAGAUGACGAUGACCGAGAUAACUAUAAUGGGGUCAUAGAGGAGAGAUUGUUCGAGUCCAUCCAUGUGUCUCUUCCAAUUGGCGCCAAUCCUUCAUCAUUGCCUUCAGGCAUCAACCGCGAAAUGAUAAACGAUCGAGAAAGCACAUUCUCAGCAGAUUCUAACCAGGAAGAUAGCAAGCCUUCACUCACAUUGGGGAAUUCAUCUGCAAACAAGCUGAUGCUCAAGAGGUCCAAGUUCCACAAAGUGCUGAUCGAUGCAUCUGACCUUGAGUUUGAAAUGACUGUUUUCACCAACACUGAUUUAGCAGACGUGCCGAAAAUCAAGCCUAUAGUGUUCGCGGAAGAUGAACUUGCAGAUGACUCAGAAUUGAUCAAUUCCAUGCAGCUGAGAGUGCAAAACUUUCAGAUCGUCGACAACGUCCCUACCUCUACUUGGAACAAGUUUGUAACCUAUAUGAGAGAAGCUGGUGAUCGUGAGGUUGGGACAAGCAUGAUAAGUCUCGUUAUGAACACAAUAAAACCUGUCAAGGCACUGGCUGCCACUGAGAUGGUGAUCAGAGCUUCUGUCUUGCCCCUACGGUUAUACGUUGAUCAGGAUACCCUGGAUUUUCUUACGAGGUUUGGAGAGUUUAAGGACGAGAGGUUCAUCCCUCUGUACGAAGAAGACGAUGCUCUGUUUAUUCAAAUGAUUAAAGUGAACGCGGUGAAAAUCAAACUUGAUUACAAGCCAAAGAAGGUUGACUAUGCGGGAAUCAGAUCUGGCCAUACAAACGAGUUCAUGAACUUCUUUAUUCUGGACGAGGCAAAAAUGACCCUCAAGUCGAUUGUCCUUUACGGAGUCCCUGGAUUCCCAAGACUCAACACAUUGCUGAAUGACUCAUGGAUGCCUGACAUCAAAUCCACGCAAUUGGGCGGUGUUCUUGCUGGACUGGCACCCGUGAAGUCGAUUGUCAAAGUGGGUGCUGGUUUCAAGAACUUGGUAGCGAUACCGAUCAAAGAAUACGAAAAGGACGGAAGAGUCAUGAGGAGCAUACAGAAAGGGGCUUAUUCUUUUGCGAAGACCACCGGCAGCGAGUUGCUGAAAUUUGGAGUUAAACUGGCCACUGGGACCCAGACGAUACUCGAGAAUGCAGAGGGAGCUCUGGGUGGACCAGGAUCUUCUUCCAGACAGGGAUCACCCGGGAAUAUAGUGCCAAUUCCAGCUUCCUCGCGCCAACGCAGGUUCUCAGAUGGCACUGGGGACGAAGAAUUCAUAUAUGCCAUCACCGAUAGGGCAACUUUUGAGGACCAGAUGUCAAGUUCCUCGGCUGUUGAUUUUGGAAACAGACAUGAUAUUCGCAGUAGUCAUCUAAACGAUGUGGACGAUAGUGACGACGAAGACUACAAGGUGUCUAGGAAUUACAUGCCCUCCAGGCCCAAAGUGCGCAGAUCGAGCAAUGGAUAUCGCAGUUACGAGGAGGCCGAAGACGAAGAAAGCCAGAAGAGCAUCAGUCUUUACUCCAACCAGCCCAACAACGUCCAAGAGGGAUUGAAACUUGCCUACGAUUCGUUUGGAAAGAAUCUUUCCUCGGCCAAAGGCGCGAUCACCAGUGCGAGCAGUAGGGCAGCAGAAAGUGGAAGUGCAAAAACAGCAGCCUACGAGAUUGCCAGAGCUGCUCCAAUAAUGGUGAUAAGACCAAUGAUUGGAACCACAGAAGCUUUGUCCAAGGCAUUGUUAGGCGGAAUCAACAACCUGGACCCUAACGAGAAGAAAAAAUCAGAGGAAAAGUACAAGAGACUGGGAUGA